GGGACCGGAAGGUGGUCUCAGGCCGGGGGUGCUAGAAUCUGGGGCUCAACGUUGGUCUCUUGGGAAUGUGGAGAGCUGGCAGCAUGUCGGCGGAGCUGGGAGUCGCGUUCGCUCUGCUGGCAGUGAACGAGCGCGUGCAGCAGGCGGUGGCACGGCGGCCGCGGGAUCUCCCGGCCAUCCAGCCCCGGCUAGUAGCCGUCAGCAAAACCAAACCUGCAGACAUGGUGAUUGAGGCCUAUAGUCAUGGCCAGCGCUCUUUUGGGGAGAACUAUGUUCAAGAACUGCUAGAAAAAGCAUCAAAUCCUAAAAUUCUGUCUUCAUGUCCUGAGAUCAAAUGGCACUUCAUUGGCCACCUGCAGAAACAAAAUGUCAACAAAUUGAUGGCUGUCCCCAAUCUCUUCAUGCUGGAAACAGUGGAUUCUAUGAAGUUGGCAGACAAAGUCAACAGUUCAUGGCAGAAAAAAGGUUCCUCUGAAAGGUUAAAGGUUAUGGUCCAAAUUAACACCAGUGGAGAAGAGAGUAAACAUGGCCUUCUACCUUCAGAGACAGUAGCCAUGGUGGAACACAUAAAUACCAAGUGCCCCAGCCUGGAAUUUGUGGGGCUGAUGACCAUAGGAAGCUUUGGGCAUGAUCUUAGUCAAGGACCAAAUCCAGACUUCCAGAUGUUAUUGUCUCUCCGGGAAGAGCUAUGUAAAAAACUGAACAUCACUGCUGACCAGGUUGAGCUGAGCAUGGGCAUGUCCAUGGACUUCCAGCAUGCAAUUGAAGUAGGAUCUACGAAUGUCCGCAUUGGAAGCACCAUUUUUGGAGAGCGAGAUUACUCAAAGAAGCCUGCCCUGGACAAGUCCGCAGCAGACCUGAAGGCCCCCAUAGAAGUAACACAGGCACACUGAGCCAAGGAACAGCCAGCAGUGGCUCACAGCCUGUGGCCCUGUCCAGGAAGACUAACUAUGCACCCAUCUGGAUUUUCAUUUUGAUAUUCCCUAAGUUACAGCACAACCAUGCUCUCUUUGUGACCUGGAGAGAGUGUGCUGAGGAUUUUGUGUGCUGAUGGAAAUCUUCUGUAUUUAGUGUCUGACAUAGGGAGCUCGCUUCAAGUAAUGGCCUUUGGAUUGGAUUUGAGAAAUCCAGACAUUUCUGCAGAUAUAAAAUCAAUAGGCAGGAAUUGAGUUCAAUAUUAAAUCCUGCCUGGGAGCACCAACUGACACAUCAA